AUGUUUUGGCGCUUUGGUGGAUAUGCAAGUAUCUCCUCAAUUGAUACCCUUCUUGACAAGCCUGAUGUCAGCCUUGAAGAGUUACUGGAUGAGUCGGAGCUGAUUCAGGAGCUUAAACAACAUAAUACGAAGCUCAUAGAGUAUUUACGAGAUGAUAAUGUCUUGAAACGCCUUAUGGACCAUGUUACCGCCCCUAGCCUAGUGAACGAUGAUGAUGAUGAGGAUGAUGUCAAUGACACUAAUGGGAAUAAGGAUACUACCACGGAGGAAGAAAAGCGGGGAGAUCCGUUGAAGGAUAUCUUGGAUCCUGAAGACUUAGAAAGAGCAGAGAAGGAACGGCUCAAGCGUGCAUACGUCGCUUGCGAGAUUCUCUCCGCUGAAGUAUGGUCGAUAUUGGACUCUAUCAUGCUGAACCCUGAUCAUCUCCGAGACUUCUGGGGUUUUCUGCGAAGAUCGCCGCCUCUAGACUCUCUUCAAGCGAGCUAUUUCACUAAAGUGAAUGAGACACUCUUUGACAGGAAAACUAGCGAGAUGCUGGAUUUCCUCAAAUCUCUGGAAGGAAUUAUCCCAGCGAUCCUGCAGCACAUUGAUAACCCUAUGGUCAUGGACCUUUUGCUUAAGAUCAUCAGUCUCGAGAAGGUAGAAGGUGGCCAAGGUAUCGUCGACUGGCUCAAAACACAAGACCUGAUACCUAAGCUUCUUUCAUUCUUAUCUUCGGAUUGGCCAGCCUCGGUUCAAACUUCGGCCGGCGAUUUUCUCAAAGCUAUAAUCACUAUAUCCGCGAACGCAACGCAGAAUGAUCAGACCUGCAUUGGCCCUAACAGUUUGACGCGUCAGUUGGUUUCCAAACCUUGUGUGGAAAGCCUCAUCAAGGCUAUGCUACAGGGUGGCAACCCUUUAACUGUGGGCGUGGGUAUUGUCAUUGAGGUCAUCCGCAAGAAUAACUCUGACUAUGAUCCGGACACUAUCAAUAGCCCUGACUCGCUACCCACCACAUACGACCCUAUCUAUCUCGGUAACCUCCUUCGAAUCUUCGCUAAGCACAUCCCCGACUUUAUGAAGUUGAUUCAAAGUUCGAAGCACACUGUUAAGGAUGGUGAGAAACUUAAGAGCGUAGAUAGGGGCAAAUUAAGUUCAGCUUGGGGGGCGAAGAUCGAACCAUUAGGUUUCGACCGAUUUAAGACUUGCGAACUGAUGGCUGAGCUGCUACACUGCAGUAACAUGGCUCUCUUGAACCAACCCGGGAGCGAGGAGUAUGUACAACAGCGGGAUGCUGAACGCGAAAAGUUAUUACGAGAGGGCGCUUUCAACGCAAACAGAGAAGAGACCUCCGCUUUCGAUGGUAAUGACUCUACGGUGGAUUUUGUCAAUGGGUCAAUGGUUGGGUAUGGCUCUCCCGAGGACUCUAGAGUUUUUGAGGUCGCGAAUACAGGUGAGGAUGGAUUCGAAGAUGUUAGCUCAUCGGGUGUCCUUGCCGAUAAGGAGAAAGAUACUGCUGAAUCCAAGGACACCUCUGGCCAAGAAGUGCAAUCCCAGCGCAUACCCUCGUCAGAACUACAGGGCUCUGCACCAGCAGAGGAACAAGGGUCCGGUGUGCCAGUACACAAAGAUGAAGACCAGAAAGAUGCAACAAACGAUGAGACCAUGCAAACGCAUCCUCCUUCUUCAGACCCAAUGUCUCCUACUGCAUUGGGAAUAACUGAUCGGGUCAGAGAGGUGACACUCGACACUAAUCAAACCGCGAACGAUAACAGAUCAUCUACAGACGCAGCACCUAGGGAGUCUCCGGUUGCUUUGGAAGAUAAUCAAGAACAGGAAACUACUCCAACUUCUUCCGUGUCGGAGUCUGUUCCACCUCCUCUCUUUGCUUCCAAACAACAGAAUCAGCAACCAGGCUCACAGAACCCUGAAACUGCUGGAAAGGCCCGUGAUGCUUCAAGCCCCACUAACUCUGCUGCAGAGGUACAAACAACUGAGGGUGAACCACGAAAACAGUUGCACCCAGACAUUCAACUUGACCCCAACGGUCAGCCUGUUGUAGGGGAUUAUCUCAAGCUGAUGUUUGUGGAGAAUCGAGUUGUACCUACUAUUUUGGGCUUCUUCUUCCGAUUCCCGUGGAACAACUUCCUUCACAAUGUUGUAUACGACGUUAUACAGCAAGUGUUUAAUGGACCCAUGGAACGUGGUUAUAACCGCGUCUUGGCGGUUGACGUCUUCGAAACUGGGCGGAUAACCCAGGAGAUUGUAGAAGGACAGAAGCGGAGUGAUGAAACGCAGCGGACCAAGCAGAUCAGACUUGGCUACAUGGGCCAUUUAACCCUGAUCGCAGAGGAGGUUGUCAAGUUCAGCGAGCGACACCCACCUGAAUUGCUUUCUCCAACUGUUAUGGAGAACGUCUUAAACCCAGAGUGGAUAGACUAUGUCGAGCAAACGCUUUCGGAGACUAGAGAGCGCGAUAAUGCCAUUCUUGGUGGGGUACGCCCGGACAUGUCCAUUGGACACCGCCAGGGCAUGCUUAACUCGGGUCAAAGCAUGACUGGCUCAUCGGCUCUUGCAGAUGCUGGGUUAAACGGGGCGACUGGAGGAUCUACUUUCCAGGGCUUUGACAUGAUGAGUCAAGGAAGUGUCUCUGGCGGGGCUUUCGGUCUCAGCGGUGGAGGCAGUUCUCUCCUAAGCGGGUUUGCCAGCUCAAGUGACGACGAGGAUGAAGACAUGGAAGAUCAGGAUGACAGAAACCUCGCUGAUCAAUCUGCCGAAGGCGGUUCUGAAAAUACAUCUACUAAUUCCACAAGUCAACCUAUUCCGAUUCUGCCUCCUCCUCCGGCUCCUCUUAGUCUCGGCCCCUCUCGCGCACGGCGGCAGCUAGCUGCGCGACUCGCCGCUCAAAAGCAGCAGGCGGCUGAAGGCACUGAGGAGAAUGGCGGCGAAGAGAAGGCGCAAACGAACGCACACGAGAGUUCCCAGUGGCCUGCCAAUCCGUUUGUAGUUGCUGGUGUAGAUGACGAUGGCGACGGUGGGGGCUCCCCUUCCAAUGCCUUUCCCUCAACAGAUUUUCCGUCAGCGAACAAGGACGAGCCUUUCUCGUCACCUACAUUCCCCGAUUCAGGAUUCAGUCCGCCUGACUCUUUCUCAACCAAUUCAUCAGAGGACGACGUCGACGGCAGAAGUGAGGGUUUGAGACGCAAAGAACGUAUCCCUCUCGAGGUAGACGAUGAUGAUGAUGACGACAUGGGCGAAAUGGUGGGUCCAUCUGGCGGGACCGACAUGAUGGACUCGGACGAAGAAGACGAAGCUAUUAUGAACGAAUCCUUAGGCUACCCGGAUCUUGGACCUGGACGAUAUAAGAGCUUCCAACGAUCUCGCUUUGGGGUCUCCCCUUUUGGUGAUGACGAUCAGAAUGACAGCAGUGAUGGUGAAGACGAUGGACUGGUGGAAAUCCUAGUUCCAGGGAAGAAGUCUUGA